AAUGAUUUUUUUUUGUUUUGCUUUUUGUUUUGUUUUUUGACACUGGAAUUACAACCACAACAACAACAAAAGCUCCGAGAACUCACUUUUGGGCUCAAAAUAACAAAUAAAUAAACUCUGGACUAAAAUGUGUGAUUUGUGCACCAACAUAUGUUCUUAAUUUUGUCUGAAUUAAUGACCCACUAGUGACUCCCUACCAGUCCCAGGACCACAGAGAAGUCCAGCUAGCUUUGACUCUACUCAGACAUGAUGACCUUCACUUCCUGGUUUGGUGCUGAGCUGGUGGUCCUCAGACCCCCACUGGAUGCUCAGUGAACAUCAGCAGAGGCAGGCGGAGUUAUCCUGCAGUCUGAUCCUCACCGUGGAGCUCCAACCAACCACAGGAGUCAAGAGGAGCGCUGCAGAAGCUGUUCUCCCCGGACCACCGCACCGAGGGUUCAGGUUCCUCUCUGGUUCUUCACUUGUUCUUCUGACAGCAUCCAAGGCUACUUUUCCUGCAUCUCUUUCACGUGGAAACAUCUCAACUUUUUUUGCCAAACAAGUUCAGGAGUUAGUGUCCCGUCCAGAGAGCUGCAUGAGUUUUCCUGCAGAAGAUGCGUUCAGAAUCUGGAGCCGUACCGAGAUGAAGCUUCGAGUGUGUCGCCGCCUCUGAAGCCGCCAUGAGGCUGUGUAACCGGGGCGUGAUGAUGCUGCUGACCACGGCGGGGGCUUUCUGCGCCUUCAGCCUCAUGACCAUCGCCGUGGGCACCGACUACUGGCUCUACUCCCGCGGGAUGUGCCGCUCCAAGAGCCAGAACGACAACGAGACCGUCCGCAAGAACGAGGAGGUUCUGACCCACUCAGGUCUGUGGAGGACCUGCUGCACGGAGGGGACUUUUCAGGGGGUUUGCAAAGACAUCGAUCACUUUCCUGACGAUGCAGACUAUGAGCAGGAUGCUGCAGAGUAUUUACUACGAGCAGUACGAGCCUCCAGCCUCUUCCCCAUCCUCAGCGUGGGAUUGUUGUUCCUUGGAGGCAUCUGUGUAGCUGCCAGUGAGUUCUAUAAGUCACGCUACAACGUCAUUCUCAGCGCGGGAAUUCUGUUUGUUUCUGCAGGUCUCAGCAACAUCAUUGGCAUCAUCGUUUACAUAUCAGCCAACUCCGGCGACCCGAGCCAGAGCGACAACAAGAAGAGCUACUCCUACGGAUGGUCCUUCUACUUUGGAGCUCUGUCCUUCGUGCUGGCUGAGAUGGUGGGCGUCCUGGCCGUACACGUGUUCAUAGAAAAACACCGACAGCUGCGCACCAAAGGCCGGCCAUCGCUCAUGAAGCCGCCCAUUUCCCGCGGCUCAUCAUAUUACCGCAACCGCUACUACCACAACCGCAGCCGGCGGUCCAGUUACAGGAGCAACCACAGCGCCGGGGACUCGGCCUCCUUUAGGGCGUCUUUGGUGCGAGACCGAGAACCAUCCAUCUCAGCAGAGCCCAAAGUGUCAGCCAUGGCAGGUUUGCCAACACCUGUGGCAGUGGGCUCAGAGUUCAUGCUCUACACCUUGACCUCGCCUCUCAAAGAUGGUAAGAUUGAUAUGGCUGUGGACGAUUUAACAGCUGCUCACAACAACACAGAGAUGCUGCCUGGAAACUGUGCUUCUAGCAGAAGGACCACGCCUGUCUGAGAGGAACUGCAGGAAAAAACAUAAACUUGAGAGUUAAAAUGAAGAAAUCCUCUCACGUUGUUGGUAUAGAAAGAGGAAAGACUUUGGAGAUCGGACUAGACCUGCAUCGAUCUGUCAAAUACGUUUUAAAUGACUCAUUCAGUCAAUGAAAUGUCAAAAAAUAGUGAAAAAAAAUCCCAAAGCCUGACCAAGAGACCAAAUAAAAUCAAUAAAGCAAAUGUUUAUCUGCCAUUUUUCACUUGGAAAAUGUCUAAAGAGUUAAGGCAGUUAUCAGAGUACUUAUAUCUCUGUCAAUCGACUAAUGGUUCCAGCUAAAUCAGUUAAUGUAGUGUUGUCAAGCUCUGAGGAAUUUCGAAGAAGAAAACAAAAACAGUUUUGACAUCUACUCAGAGGAAAAUCUUACUGCUCUACAUUUGCUCUACUACAGCUCAAGAGACGAUUCUUAUUUUCGCUUUGAUAUUGUCUGAUAUGUCUCUCAUAUUGUUCUCCUAAAAUUCACCAGAAGAUAUAGGUGACAAAGGAGGAGAACAAUCAGCAACAGCAGUCAAACUUGAGAUUCAAAGGAGAUAAGUUAGCUAAUGGCUGGAUUUUUUUCUCAGUUGAGCUACAUGUGAACUGAAUAUUAGCUUUAUUUUAUAUAAAUAUAAUACAAUCACUAUACUGAAUUAUACUGAGAGGUCUUCUGAAAAUGUUGUCAUCUUUGUCAUCUUUUAUUUUUAGUAUGUUUUCAAUGAAUAUGAAGACCUUCCGUUCAAAAAAAUUCAAGGAAAUCAAUGCAAUCCUUCCUGAAAAAAAAUCACAGUUAAAAUGUCCUAUAAAGUGGAUUUUCCAGCUCAUUUUAGGAUUGAUGCAGACAUUUUGAUCUGACAAAACUAUUUUCAGGAACAAUAGUUUUUAACCACAAUUAAAAUUUUGGUUGGAACUGAGUGAAUAUUAUCUAUCAUAAUGGAUGUGAAAUGAAACAAUCAUGAUGUAAAAAAAUUAAAAAGGUGGAGGGCACAUCUAAAAUGUGUUGUAAUUCCUCCACCAUUCACCUGAUUUGGAUGUGAAAACCCUCAAAGCUGAAAGUCUGCACUUAAAGCACAUCUUGAUUGUUUAAUUUCAAAUCCACUGUGGUGGUGUCCAAAUAUGAAUGGACCUGACUGUUUAGAUACAUACCGAUACAUAUAUAUUGUGUAUAUAUACAUAUUCAUCUAUAGCUCACAUUGAGAAAAAAUGUAUUUUGCAUUAGUCAAAUUAUCUCUUUUACUUCUCAAGUUUGACUCCUGCUGCUAAAUGUUGUCCUCCUUUCUCAUCUAUAUCUCAUCAUGAAAAGAGAAAAACACGAAAAACAUAUCAGACAAAAUCGAAGCAAAAAUAAUCACAGUUUUGUCUCCUAAGCUGUAGAGGAGCAAAUUUGAGCAGUAAGGUUUUCCUCUGGGUGAUACUGUUGCUCUUUGUGUGUGGAUCUGCUUGGCUAUUACAGAAGUUUUUGUGCGAAUAAGUGUGUAUAGAAAUAGGAAUGUGUGGCAGAGAGAGACAGACAGGAGUAUCUGCCUGUAAAAAUAAGAAACAGAAACACAACACAACACAGAGGUACAGCUGAGAAUUACACAACCAAACAUGUCCGGUUCCUGUCCUCAUUUCUGUGGACCUCCGCUCCAAAUCGAAACCCUAUUAAAUGCAUUAGAACUCUCCCUCA